GCAGUCCGCUCUCAUCUGCUCUUGACGCGGCGGCGGCGUUUGUGAAUCUCCCCAUUCAUUCAUUUUUUAAUCAACUAAUUUCGUCCAACGCGGUCUGCAUGAUGAGCGAAUGAGCGUUGAGGGAAUGAGCGAUGACAAGGCGCCUUUGAGUUCUGCUGACGGGGACACUUCAUAAGUUCCGCGGUGAGGGCAGUUGGCACCACACUUUCGGACCGUUGCACAACUCUCGGACGGCCACUUCCAAAGUUGCACAGUACAGCCGAAGCCUGCCUGCAGCCAGCGACACUCGCUACUUACUUUGGAGAUAUCUCUACCGAACUUUUUGAAACGAGAUCAUGUCUGUGAAAGUGGAAUGUGUGGUGAAGGACAAGUGCGAGAUCGGCGAGGGUCCCGUUUGGGAAGAGAAGGAGGGCACCCUGCUCUAUGUUGACAUCACGGGACAGCGCGUCUGCAGGUGGAACCCAUCCACCAAUAAGAUUCAAAGCAUUCGCACAGAGAAGUCUGUUGGCGCCGUAGUUCCCCGUAAGUCCGGUGGCUACAUGAUUGCGGAGGGCACCCGGUUCGCAGCGCUGGACUGGGACAAACAGAAGAUCACCACCAUCGCCCAGGUGGAGGCGGACAAAACCAACAACCGCUUCAAUGACGGCAAGGUGGACCCCGCUGGCAGGUUUUUUGCAGGCACCAUGGCGAUUGAGACUCGUCCCGGGGAGCUGGAGCGUAAACAGGGCUCUCUGUACACCCUGCACCCCAACCACACCGUGGUCAAGCACUUCGACAAGGUGGACAUCUCCAACGGUCUGGAGUGGUCUCUGGACCAUCGCACCUUCUACUACAUCGACUCCCUGGCCUACACUAUUGACGCCUUCGACUACGACAUCAGCUCUGGCAACAUCAGUAACCGCCGGGUGAUCUACAAGAUGGAGAAGGAGGAGUGUGUUCCUGACGGCAUGUGUAUCGAUAACGAGGGCAAGCUCUGGGUGUGCUGCUACAACGGAGGCAGAGUACUGCGCAUCGACCCCAACACAGGUACUCGUCUGCAGACGGUGAAGAUCCCGGUUGAGAAGACCACCUCCUGCUGCUUCGGCGGUAAAGACUACUCUGAGCUCUACGUCACCACCGCCUCCCACCACAUGGACGAGGCCGCCUGGGCCAAGCAGCCUCAGGCUGGAUGCAUCUUCAGGGUGACUGGCCUGGGCGUGAGAGGAAUUCCCCCAUACUCCUACGCUGGAUAAGCUGUCCACUCUACUCUAGAGCACCCCCUGACAUCCUGGAGGAGAACUGCAGUCUGCAAUUGCACUAUGUCAUGUGUGUCUCUUUCAUGAGAACUGAACUUAACAAGACCAGUAUUAACAUAUGCAUUCCCAUCAUCUGCUGUGAAUUAAACCACAGCACCUUAAACACACUACAGGAAGAAUCAUCUGCCCAUGUUGAUACGUUUGUUUGUUUGUUUGUUUGUUUGCUGUUUUUGUACACAGUUGUUGACUUUGCAGAGCCUCUGCCAGACAGUUUACAUUGUUUAUGACCCAUAAGCACCUGGAGAUUACAGCUGAACUGGCAUGACCGAAGGGCCACAUGAUAUUGAUUUUGUAAGCUCACAAAUGAAAUCAGACAUAAGCUUGAAGAUGAGAUCACGUAAUGCAUCACAUGUGGUGAUAUACCACUGUUGAGAAAUGGUGCUGACAACACUCUGCCUUCACUAGUGUGAGUGUGACUGGAUGAAUGGCUGCACAAAUGUCCCUAGUUAACACUAUUAAUAUCCAUUUCAGUAACUGCUAAUGAAUGACUGAAGAUUAAAUAAAGAAGCAUUUGGUGAA